CUUGGUCUGCGCUACGAAGGCCCUCAAUGAGUUGGUUACUGAACAGGGCCUGUCUUGGGAAGUCACUCGGUCCCGUCAACAGCAAUGACAUAAGCAGCGGCCCUUUCUGUUGCCCCGCCCCCCACUUCCUCCGCUGCGAUGUAAUCCGCUAUGCUUCUGUCCUCUUCCAAGGGCGAACAAGCUCACCAUGUCCCCGCCUGGCGACCCCUCCGAUGUUGAUGAGCGCUCGAUGGCCCGUUGGUCGGAAUCGGCGCUGUCACUUGCCAAUUUCUUCUCGCGAGCUCUGUCGUUGUUCCAGAGUUCCGGCUCGAAUCUCCAAAUCCUCUGCACCGCUGCGCCCACGCUCUCUCGGGGAGACCCGCCCGACCAUGGCCAACCAGCACCCCUUCCUCCGCGCUCCCGACCGCGCUCCUUGAUCGUGCUCGACUCCUCCUUCAAUCCGCCGACGCGCGCACACCUACGCAUGGCCACCUCUGCCAUCCACCAGCUCCACCGCGAACGCGGCCAAGCAUCGGACUCGUUGCGGAUGUUGCUGCUGCUGUCGGUCAACAACGCAGACAAGGGCGCCAAGCCGGCAUCCUUUGACCGGCGGCUGGCCAUGAUGUGGGCGUUUGCCGGGGACGUGCAGCACGCUUUGCUGGGCGGUCUCGAAUCGGCUUCCGGUGAACGGGAGGAGCAGGGGAGUUUCGGGGGACUCAGCAUCGACCUCGGCCUGGCGAAGGCGCCGUAUUUUCACGAGAAGAGUGCUGCGUUGGCCGAGGCCGAGUUCUACAAGGGUACGAACGAGGGAGGCGGCGCCGGCGAGACAGAGCAGGUCUUCCUCGUCGGCUUCGACACGCUCAUCCGCAUCUUCAACCCGAAGUACUACGGCCCGCUCGACUCUGCGGCCCCCCCUGCCAGCGCUGGGCCCUCGCCGAUGCACAAGGCGCUCGAUCCCUUCUUCCGGCGUGCGAAGCUGCGAGUAACGAUGCGGACAGGAGACGAGUGGGGCGACGAGACGGCGCAAAGGGCAUAUCUAGAAAACCUGGGGAAGGCAGAAGCGCUGAGCGAGGUAGGAGGAAGCAAAGACUGGGGGCGUAGGAUCGAGAUGGUUGAAGGGCGUCAGGUUGGUGCGGAUGCCAUCAGCAGCACGCGCGCGCGAGCCGCGGCAAAGGAUCGGGACGCUGGCAGACUCGACGAGAUGGUCACUCCGGCGGUUAGAUGGUGGAUAGAGCAGGGUGACAUACACUGAAUGAGUCUGGCGAGCUGCUGCAGUUUCUGGCAUUAAUCACAGGAUCGUCGGUGGACCCGGCCCAAACUGGACCUUAGCUUG